AUGGAAAGUGAUGCGAGAUGGGUCCAUCACCCGCAUUCUGGCGCAUUGGUCAUUGUCGCCAAUAUUGGCAGAGAUAACGUCCACCGUAUACUCGUGGACAACGGAAGUUCAGUGAAUCUCUUGAACUUCCAAGCCUUUAAACAAAUGGGGUUGCAUGAGAAGGAUCUGGGACCUGUUACGUCGAUUAAGCUUGCAGAGAAGAAAUCGGUUAAUGUCAUCUAUCUGUUAGAGGCACCACUUCCUCGCCAGGAGGUCCUUAGGAUAGAAGAAGUGCCGCAUAAAGACGGACCCGAUUUGGAUCCUAGGAUCCUCGAUUAUGCCGCAACCACCCAAGCCGCGAAAGAAACUAUUAAGGUCAUGAACUUCUCAGCUUCAUGGACGCAUACUUGGGAUACAAUCAAAUCUCGAUGUAUGAACCAGAUCAGGAACAUACCUCGUUCAUUACAGAUUGAGAUUUGCUCAGGAAUACGAUGGAAGUGGAAAUGCCUCAGAUUCAUGGUUAAUCAGCGAGGAAUAGAGGCAAAUCCUGCGAAGAUCAAUGCAUUAGUUGAAAUGCGAUCACCGACUAAGCCAAAAGAAGUCCAAAGUCUCACAGGUAAAGUCGCCGCUCUAAACCGUUUUAUAUCGCGAUCCUCUGAUAAAUGCAAGGAGUUUUUUCAGAUUCUAAAAGGCAAUAAAAAGUUCCAAUGGACCGAGAAAUGUGAAGAGGCUUUUCAAGCAUUAAAAACGCAUUUGGGGCAGCCCCCAAUCCUAUCAAAACCCAUGUCCGAUGAAGUCUUAUCCAUUUACCUGGCGGUGUUAGAAUAUGCGAUUAGUUCGGUAUUAAUCCUCGAAGAUCAAGGACAGCAGUACCUGGUGUACUAUGUCAGUAAACGCCUGUUGGACGCUGAGACCCGCUAUCCUCAAAUGGAAAAAUUAGCGUUCGCCCUGGUAUUAUCGUCGAGAAAGCUGCGACCUAAUUUUCAGGCCCAUAGCAUUGAAGUUUUAACAAACUACCCUUUGAGGCAAGUCUUAGCAAAACCAGAGACAUCAGGGAGAUUGUUGAAAUGGUCGGUAGAGUUAAGCCAGUUCGACAUCGAAUACAAACCGAGAACUGCGAUUAAGGGGCAAGCCUUGGCGGAUUUCAUUGUCGAGUUUCCAAGUACUAAAGUGGCACUCAUAAAUGACAAGAUCGACACUGCUAUACCAAAUGGACAAGGAUGGACGUUGUACGUCGAUGGGGCUUCUAAUAGCGAAGCCGAGUAUGAGGCUUUAAUCGUAGGAUUGAAGCUCGCUCUCGAGAUGAGAAUCGAAUACUUACAGGCUUUCAGCGACUCCCAAAUCGUCGUAUGUCAGAAAUUCAAGAAAGUAGUUGUGUCCCGAGUACCGCGUGCUCAUAACUCACACGCAGACGCAUUGGCCUGCUUGGCCUCGACUGGAGAAGCUGAAUUACUCGAUGUAAUUCGUGUUGACGUAUUGGCUUACCCGACAGUAAGUCCAGAAGAAGUAAUGGAAAAAGAUAUUGCCCAAGAAGUCACCUGGAUGACUCCAAUAAUCGCCUAUUUGGAGAAGAGUAACUUGCCCGAUGACAAAAUGGAAGCGAGAAAACUACGGCAGCGGGCUGCCCUAUAUGUCAUCUAUGAUGGAAGAUUAUAUCGUAGAAGCUUCAGUCAGCCGCUACUCAAAUGUAUUGACGGGGAAGAUUGUGACUACAUACUCCGUUUGGUGCACGGGGGUAUCUGUGGGAAUCAUACUGGUGGUAAUUCCCUUGCCCUAAAAAUCAUGUGA